UCAAAUAUCUAUAUUUGUUAACAAAACAUAAAUAAUGGCAAGUUUUCCAUCAGUUGUUGAUUUAAAUGUCGGUGGCGUUACGUACACGACCUCAUUGUCCACAUUGACAGCCGAACCGAACUCACUUAUUGCGGAUUUAUUUACCAAUAAACAUACCAUUGGAAAGGACUCUCAAGGCCGUUACUUUAUCGAUAGAGAUGGCCAACUGUUUCGCUUUAUACUCGAUUACUUAAGAACCAAAAAGAUUGUAUUACCCGAUGUUUUUGCUGAACGGGAACGCCUACGAACUGAAGCUGAAUAUUAUAGAUUGACUGAUUUGGUGUCACAGUUGGCUACAAAUAAACGACUGUCUCUAACACCAUACCAAUCAACAGCUACACCACCGCCAGUGUCUCCCAGUUAUGGCACCAAUUGUUACAUAACAGUAGGAUAUCGCGGCUCAUUUGCCUUCGGGAGAGAUGGUAUGGCAUCUGAUGUCAAGUUCCGUAAAUUGACACGAAUACUGGUUUCGGGAAAAGUAUUAAUUUGUAGAGAAAUUUUUGGUGAGACUCUUAACGAAUCCCGAGACCCAGAUCACGGCCAAGACGAUCGAUAUACGGCCCGAUAUUUCCUAAAACACUUAUCACUAGAAUCGGCUUUCGAUAGCUUACAAGAGGCCGGCUUUCGUAUGGUUGGAUCGUGUGGUUCGGGCACUUCAUGCGGUAGUGGAGAACCAUUAAAACCAGGAAUGGAUUCAGAAGAGAACCGUUGGAAUCAUUACAACGAGUUUGUCUUCUGUCGGCCUUAAGGUUGUUUUGGACAACAAUUC